UCGCUGUAGGUCUUGGGCGGCGCUCGUUAUUAACUCGCGGACAAAGAGAGAGAGAGAGAGAGAGAGAGAUGGAAGAAUCGUACGACUGCUACACACUUACUUACUUACCGAGUUUGUUUCUUACAUAUACGUCGCACGGCGCACGAGGAGCACGCACGCACGCGAAGUCUUGGGAGAGAUGGAAAACUGGGCCCGAUGUGGAAUAUACUGCAUAGUAGGGGGGACCCGAUCCAGUCGCCGACUUGACAUCAAACGGUUAACAGGUGCCCCGUGCACGGCGAACUUGUACAUUGUUUACUUCCGUGUUCGUUGAACCGAGUGCUGCUGCGCUCUUAACUGUUUCAUCGAUUGACUUUUCGUCGAGCUUCACUGCACGCGCGAAGUAGUCAGUUUUCGGUCUAAUUCCAACAUACAGACGCACGGCUCAGGGUGAUUUCGAAUGAACGAUCUCCGUGCGUAAUUUCUUUGCUUUAAGUCGAGGAAAACGGCUCCGAAACGUCAGUGCGCGCACGACAUACCUCACUGAAUAAAUCAUGCCUAUGAUUGAUCUCAUACCUGCUUGGCGUGAAAGACGGAAGUGCCAGUAACCACGAAUAAUCCAUUUGGAAAUACUUCGUCUGCGAUCACAAUGAGUAGAAGAUAAGAGUGAGAAGCGAAAACGGCCAGCAAAAUGCAACAAAAGUGGCCGUUUGAGGAUGCAUCACCCUCUGAUAAUGUUCUCUGUCGUCGGUGUUUUUCUCAUUCUCUUGUGCUUUGUUUGUGCUUCUGUUGCGAACGACCCGGAGGACUUGCGAGUGAAACGACUGAUCCACGAUUGGGCACCUAUGGUAUGGUUAGCACCAGGCGAGCGCUUUCUACCACUUGGUGUACCUGAAUUCUUGGCCAACGUGGAAUCCGAUGACAAUUAUCUUCGCACACGUCUCAGUUUGCAGUUGCUGCUACAGAAUCGCUCGUCCUUCUUACACGGACGUAAGCCGGCCGGCGAUGUACCUAUUUAUGCCUUAGUCAAGAAUUGCCUGCACGACGACUUUGAUAGACCUGCUACUGGUGCUGCGGCUAACCCUAAUGUGCUUGUCGACGAUUUUGUUAACCCCAUUGAAACUAAUAAUGUGCCUGGUAGCAGUGCUGAGUUCCUGGACUCGUUGCCACCACCAAUAGCCAUGGCACGGGGAUUCUCACGCAACCGUUUCAGCCAAGACGUGAAUAUGCAAACUUCGCUAAAACUCGAUGCACAUAAACGGAAGAAGCUCAAGUUGCAGGCGUUGCGAGCACAGCCACCAUUGCAUUUCCACGUGACCUACUGGAUGUUCUAUCCGUUCAGUGAAGGCAAAGCCGUGUGCGUUUUGGAUCUUGGCUUUUUAGGUAGUUGGCCUAUACCGAAUAUUGGCGGAAUGUGUCUUGGCAAGCAAAAGGAAUAUGGUAGUCACGUUGGUGAUUGGGAACACGUCAGUUUGUAUUUUAAGGGCAAGGAUCAUCCGGCAGCGAUGUACGUAUCAGCCCACGAUGCAGGCGCAUUCUAUCGCUACGAGUCACGCAGCAACACCUUCGUCUACGAGUCGCAAGAGACGCGUAAAGGUAUCUUUCAGAAGCCCAUUUUCCCGGAGCGAGUGCACACGUCCGAAGGUUCGCAUCCCGUGCUGUUCAGCGCGCGUGGCUCGCACGGGCUAUGGACGGCACCAGGUAAACACAAAUUCGUACGGUUACCAAGGCUGUACGACGAGAGCGGUUUCGGCACGCCAUGGCCAACUUGGCGAAAAGUCGAGAUGCUAUCCGAUGAGAGCGCGCUGCCGACUUGGAUGACGUUUACCGGCAAGUGGGGCAAUAAGAAGAGCAAUUGUCAUCCUCUUGCCAAACUUGGUAUUAAUAUCUGUGAGUUUGUCGACGGACCUACGGGCAUUCCUACAAAAAAGAUGAAUUUCCGAUGCUGAGUGCGUGACUACGUGUUAAUGGGAAUUUUAUUGUUUAUUUAUUGUAGCUGAAAUUGAGAGGACGCGAAACGUCGGGAUUUCCUUACGUACUGUCGAUGAAUGGAGUUCCGACCUUUGGUAAAAUGUCAAAAAAGUAUAUUCUUUGCAGCCCAUUUAAUGUAAUCUGUUUGCCAUAUAUCGAUAUUCGAUCCUACAAUCUGAUUA